AUGGCUCACCGACCCUCGGAUGUUGCCUGCGCCAUAAGCGGCCGGGGCUCGCUGGUGAAGAGCUGGCGUAAGGCUGGAAAGGAAGAGAAGGACUCGCACAAUCGAACGCCUUUGGUGCUGCACCUGGGGCUUUCGCUGCAGCGCCGCGGGCGCCGGGACGCGUGGCUCUUCGCGGAGUGCUUCCGGCCCCGUUUUGAGCAGUGGCUUGAUCAGCGCAACCUCUCAGGGCGGCUGGAGUAUUCCGGGACUCAGCGGAAGUGGCAUGUCUUCAGCUACCUCCCGACGGAGCAGGGUGAGCAGGCCGAUCGAUCCGAGGAGGCCAUGGUGGAGGCGUUCCACGGCACCUGGUGGUACUCCCUGUGGCUGGUGCUGCAAACAGGCGUGGUCCUUGAGUCCAAUGACAAGGAGAAGGGGCACGACUUUAAUAGCUGUGCUGGGGUCUUCUGCUCGCCGGAUGUGUGCACGGCUGAGCAGUACGCGCGCCCGCAGAUCAUCUUUCAGGAUGGCAUGUACCACCGCGUGAUCUUUCAGCUGCUGGUGCAACGGAACCAGCGCCAGAAGCGCAAGCACGGCCGAGAAGGCGUGCAAUGGAUCCUACCAAUGGCAUCUGUGAAGCUCAAGGCGCUGUGGAUCCGCCUGGACGCGCCGCCCAGGCCCAGGGAGGAGGCGCUCAGGGACUGGUGCAGCGAGCUGGAGGCCGUGCCACAAGGCUGCUCGGCAGUGGCCCCGCUGGCCUACAAUCAGCCGGAGGGCUGGAUCGACGGCUCGGAGUCGGAGGAGGUGAUCUUUGAGGACGAGGAGCAGCCACAAGCAUCGGAAUGGGUCGGCCAAGGGCCACCCUCGCCGCUGCCGCCCCCGCCCUCUCCACCUUCCCCGGCCUCCCCUUGUUUGGCACCAUGGCUCAGGCUGCCAGCACCCCCCUCGCCCAAGAAGUUGAAAACAAAGGCGCCAAAGGCCAUACCCGCCAAGGCCAUGCCCAAGCCACCGGCAAAGGCCAUGCCCAAAGCCAACACCCCGCCUGCACCGGCGCCUCGCUGUUCGCUGCCGCCGCCGCUGCCGCCGCCGCCGCCGCCGCCGCCGCCGCCCGUGGCGCCCGUGUUGCCCGCUGUGCCGACCACGCCUCCCAAGAGCCGACCGAUGCCGGCAACGCCGCCCAAGAGGCCGGCCACGCCGCCCCGGUUGGCGCCAGCGCGGGCAUCUGACAUGCUCAAGCGCAAGCUUAGCCAACUUUGUACAGGGCAAGAACACCCGUGGCGGCAGGGUCAAGGACACAGGUCCCCGACUCAUCGCGCCCAAUUUCAGCCGGCGAGGCCUAGCGGCGCUGCCUCAAGCGCCGCUUUCUUUGGAGGCGGAGGGUUUACCGAACAUCGGCAGCUGGGCUUCGAGAGUCCAGGCGGAUGGGCAUUCGUUCAAUCGCCCGGUUCCAGACACGGACGACUCACGGAGCCCUGCUUACCAGAUCAGUCCGGUCGCCGAGAUCAGGCAGAUCAGCUGGAGCAGCUGGAUCAGCCAGAGCCAGAUCCAACUGAUGAGCCAGAGCCCACUGAGGCACCGGCGCCGCCCGAGGCGCCGCCGGAGCCGCCGGAGGUGCUGCUGCAGCCGCCGCCGCAGCAGCAGCGGAAGGCCGGCCGGUUGCAGAGGCUGAGGUCGGAGGGAAGCGCUGAACGAAAAGUUGGUUCCUCAGUCCUCUUCUCCAAUUUGGGGUAG